AUGGAGCUAGGAAACCAAACACAUAUUUCAGAAUUCAUCCUUUUGGGACUCUCAAAAGAGGCAAAGUUGCAGCCCACCCUCUUUGGACUGUUUCUCUCCAUGUACCUAGUCACCUUCACUGGGAACCUGCUUAUCAUCAUGACCAUUGUCAUGAACUCCCACCUUCACACCCCCAUGUAUUUUUUCCUCUCCAACCUUUCUUUUGCAGACAUUUGUUUCACCACAACCACUGUACCAAAAAUGCUGGUGAACAUUUACAUGCAGAAUAAAGUCAUUACCUACGAAGGUUGCAUCACCCAAAGCUGCUUUUUCAUGCUUUUUGGAUACCUAGACAGUUUCCUCUUGACGGUGAUGGCCUAUGACCGGUUUGUGGCCAUCUGUCACCCACUGCACUACACAGUCAUCAUGAACCCCAAGUUCUGUGGCCUUAUGCUUUUGGCAUCCUGGCUAUUUAGUAUUCUAAAUGCUUUAUUACAAAGCUUAAUGGUUUUGCGACUAUCUUUUUGUUCAAAACUGGAAAUCUCCCAUUUUACCUGUGAAAUUAAUCAAGUACUCCAACUUGCUUGUUCUGACACUUUCCUCAACGACUUAGUGAUGUAUCUUGCAACUGGACUUUUUGGUGUUUUUCCACUCACUGGGAUCCUCUUGUCUUACAUUAAGAUUGUAUCCUCCAUUAUGAAAAUUUCAUCAGCUGGGAGCAAGUCUAAAGCCUUUUCCACUUGUGGGUCUCACCUCUCAGUCAUUUCCUUGUUCUAUGGUACAGCUCUUGGAGUUUAUCUUAGUUCUGCAGUCACCCCAAUUUCCCGGGCCACUGCAAUAGCCUCGGUGAUGUACUCUGUGGUCACACCCAUGCUGAACCCCUUUAUCUACAGUCUUAGAAAUAAGGACAUAAUGCAGGGCCUAAGACAACUUUUUAACUGA